AAAUUUAAUUAUUUCUAUAAAUAGAUUGAAUAUAAUAAUAUUAUUUUUUUAAGACGUCCAAACUAUUAAGCUAGAAGUAUAACCCAUUUAUAAUAUAAUAAUAUUAAAACUUUAACCCUAUCCUUUAUCCCCUAAAAAUCUCGUAUCAAGUUAAUAGAAGAAUUCAUUUGCAAAUUGAACCCGUCAAUCUCAACACUUCAGUCAUUUGAAGCGGUCAAUGUCAACAAUUUAUAGAGGAUCUCUUCUCUCACAUUGGUAACAAGUCAUCUCAUAAUCCCUUCAAAAUAAGAAAUAUACGCACACUCUCUCGAAGAACCCUAACCAGUAACCAAGACAGUAUAACCACCACCACCACCAAAGCCGCUCUGCCUCCUUUCGCCUUCAACCAACCACUAUCACGACUACCGUCCUUCCUCUCACCUACGACAUGAAUUUUCUUUUGGAACAUAACAUUUUUCUUUAAAAAAAUAUCAUUGAAAGAAGCUAUUUGUCCCCGCCGUUGUGCGCGGGUAACGGCUACUAUAUAUAUAUAUAUAUAUAUAUAUAUAUAUAUAUAUAUAUAUAUAUAUAUAUAUAUAUAUAUCGUUUCUUUCUUUUUCAUUGUGGGGAAUUCCAGUCAAAAUGAAUAGCAGGCAUCGUUUUUCCGAUGAUUACUCCGACACAACCGACGACUACUCCGGCGAUGAAACACUGGAAGUGGAGUCGACGGAGAGUAAGAGCAGCAUUCACGGCGGCGCAUUCCGUCGAGGUGUUUUACUGGCGUGGGAACAGGUUUAUUUGCUUGCAUGCAUCACCGGUAUGUUCAUCGACCCGCUGUUUUUCUACAUACUCUCCAUACGCGACUCCUGGAUGUGUGUGUUUAUCGACGGGUGGUUUGCUAUCACCGUCACGGUGGUCCGGUGCAUGACCGACGCCUUACACGUGGCCAACAUGUGGUUACAGUUCAAGUGGAACAGGUGGUCGCGUUACGACGUCGGAUCACGACAUGACGACAGGAAUUCAUGCAACGUGUCCCGGAAGGCGUUCAUGUUUGAUCUCUUCGUCAUCCUCCCAAUCCCUCAGGUUUAUCAGACAUUUGACAGAAAUUAUUACACCGAUAAAAGUAUUAUUAUUUUAAUACAUGUCAACUUUCGAUUAAGACAAAAUCUAAGGACAAGAUAAAGUCACGUCCUAAAAAUAUUAAUUUAAUACUAAUAGAAUAUAAACAUUAAUUAAUUUAAUCAAUGCAUAUUCUAACAUAUUUAUGUUUUACAUUUUAUUAUUCUUGCACGGUUUGUUGACUUGUUCCAUAGAAAUAUAGGUUUUGAUAAGUGUUAUUUUAAUAUGUACAUGUUUAGUCUCUUUGAUCAAUCUAAAUCGAACCAUUUAUUGUUUAUCUUUGAAUCGUUUUUUUAUACCUUCUUUGAAUUAAAACUCUCGAAAGUCUAAACAGUUCAAUAACUUUAUUUCUGUUAACUAUUAAGAAGUUGAAAUCAUUCAACUCAUUUUUAUUAUACAAAUUUUUAAUAAUAUGGUAUUAA